GCGAAAUCAAAUCACUCGGACUGUUAACAUAUAAAAAUCUCUUCUGAAAUACAUUUAAAUCAUAUAUGAUAAAUCUUAUCUUGAAAAAUAAAAAUGGAUGAUUAUCCGGAUCCAGAUGAUGAAUAUGAGCUUAUGUACGCAGAUGAACUCGAGUUGAUGCGAGAAACUGAUGAUCGCACAGACCCAAAUCCUGUGAAGAAUAAACCAAUUCCUACCAAAAGGAGUCUUGAUUUUUCUAGUCCUAUAUGUACACAAACGCUACCAAUCAGCCAAGAUAGCAACAACGCAUCUAAUAGUAGCUUAUUCAAGAGCACACCAAACCGACAAAUAAAUUCUAAUACAUCUGAUACAACAACAUCUAACAAGAGAACAGCAGAAGAACUCUUUGGAGAUAUAGAUGAUAUUGACUUUGAAAAUGUGCAGUUACCAAGUAAGAAACAGAAAACGGAAGAAGAGAAUGACAUGGAUUUAAUUAACAAAAUCAUUGAAGGCAGAAAAUUGAGACAAAUGUUGACUGAAUCAAGUAAUAGACUACAAGUUGCCAAGCAAUCUAUUUACGACAGCAAAGAAAAUUUAUCUUUAAAUAUACCAAGAUGGCCCUUCAUGCCGUUAACAAAUUCAGAUGGUGACCGUGUGUAUGUGCGGCUAGAGUCAGAGGAUUCAUGGGAUAAAUCACUGGAUGCAUGUACCAAUGAACUAUCCCUGCAUUCCACAUUUGCUCCGGUGUGGGAAGAAGCUAGGAAGAUUUUAGAAAGUAAAGAGCAAGCUGAGAAUUCAAUAAAGGACUUGGAUGCAGAUAUAAUAGCAACCCAAUCUAUAGAGAAUGUAGAUCUAUGGGUUGAUAAAUAUAGACCUACCUCCUAUGUGGAUUUGUUGUCUGAGGAGCCAGUGAAUAGAGCCUUAUUACAUUGGAUACAUUUAUGGGAUAAGGUAGUUUUCAAAAAGGAAGUGAAAACAAAAGACCCACAGGAGCGCAAUAAGUUCAGCAAGAGGACAGGACAGUUUCAAUUGACCAAUAAGUGGAAGGGUAAGAAGGAAACUGAAGUUGAGAUGGAUGAAGAUGGCCGGCCUCAUCAUAAAGUGGCAUUGUUGUGUGGUCCACCUGGUGUGGGGAAGACAACCCUUGCACAUCUGUUGGCUAGAUUAGCAGGUUACAGGCCAGUGGAAUUAAAUGCAUCAGACGAGAGAAGUACUGAGGCUUUCCAGACAGCUUUACAGAGUGCCACCUUGAUGAGAUCAGUGCUGGAUGCUGAUAGGCGACCUAACUGUUUAAUAUUAGAUGAAAUUGAUGGUGCUCCAAUACAAACGGUAGAACUUUUAGUAAAAUGGUGUACAGCAAGUAGCAAGAAAGAAGAUAGCAAGAAGAAAAGCAAAUCUCAGCCGUUAAGGCGACCUGUUAUCGCUAUCUGUAAUGAUCUGUAUGCAACAUCAUUGAGGCCUUUGAGGCCAGUUUCGCUCAUAGUGACCGUGAGCGGCGUGAGCGCGGCCCGCUUGUCCGGGCGCCUGGCCGCCGUGGCCAAGCGCGAGCGGCUGUGCGUGGCGCCGCGCCUGCUGGCCGCGCUGGCGGCGCGCGCGCAGGGCGACGUGCGCAGCGCGCUGCACGUGCUCAGCUUCUGCAAGGCGCGGGGCGGGGGGCAGUUAAGUAUAGAAGACAUAGAGAACACGUCAGUGGGCAUGAAAGACUGCAGCAAGAGUAUGAUGCAGGCCCUCCAAGCGAUCUUCACCAUUAAUGAUAAGGAACCCAAUGCAGCUUUGAAAGUGAUACAAGCUGCCGGGGAAUAUGAUAGAUUAGCGGAUGGAAUCUUCGAGAACUACACAACAGCGCGUGUUGACGCGCGCCUGCACGCGGCGUGCGAGACGACAUCUUGGUUGCGGCUAUACGAUCUCAUAUAUACAUGGAUCCUUCGGAAACAAAACUAUUCACUCUAUGGAUUAUUGCCAUACUGUCUGUCCCGGUGUUACCAUAUUUUGGCUACGAGACAACCUAUACGCGUCAAGUUUCCGCUACAGGCGCAAGAGAUGUCACGAAAGAAAACAGAGCUGGAAAGUAUUGUAUGGUCAGUGUGGAAAGGCAGUGUCCCCGCUGUACAAACCACACGGACUGCGCUGACUCUGGAUGUACUGCCUAUUUUACCGUAUUUGUUGUCACCCCAGCUAAGAUCCGCUAAUGUUCAGCUGUGCAGCGAGAGCGAGCGCGCGAGCGUGUCGGCGUGCGCGGGCGCGAUGUGCGACUACGGGCUGCAGUACGUGCAGCAGCGUGCGCAGGAUGGCCUCUACACGUUCGUGCUGGAACCGGACGUGCAUCGGGUGGCUUUCCUGGGCAAUGAAGACCGGGUGAGACCACCGCCAGCGGUACGACAGGCGAUAGCGACUGAACAGCAAUUGGAAAUGAUUAGAAGGAACGAUGAAAUGAUGACCAGAAACUCGAAGAACCAAGAUACAAACAGGAGCAAGGUAAAAGUCAUCGAAAAGGCAAAAUUGAAGACGGAGACUAAACUACCAAACCACUUGCAGAGAUUGCAACCGAAGGUUCUUGAGAAAUCAACGACGCAAGUACACAAGGACUUCUUUGGUCGUAUAGUGCCAUUGUCGCAGAUUCAAAAAAAUGACGCGGUGGCUGACGUCAUCUCUUCGAGUAGCAUCUUCUACCAAUACAGAGAAGGGUUUAACAACGCCGUGCGGAGGAAUGUUCGGAUGCGUGAUCUGUUAUAGUGUUCAUUGUUGAUAAAACUUGUAAAGUAUAAAAGAUAAUAAAUUAUGAAUUGAGUA